UUUAUACCCUUUCGCCGAAAUUUUUAGAGCCCUGAAGGAUUGACUCUAGUGCUGAUAAUGAAAAGGGCAAGUCAACUAAAAGUUCGGCGCCAACCUUGUUGUGUACCUUAUAAGAUCUGACAGGCAGGCAUAUCCUUUUCCCAUGUACAGUUUCACAAUCCUGUACCUCGUUUUCAGCAGUAUUCGACAUGGCGUCUGAUCUUAGUCCGACGCAAAGAGCGAAGCUCGAGAGUGACGACUUGGGUCAAACAACGCUUGCAAUUGUCAUUGCGUUUGAAGUCGGCGCUCUGGUCGUUGUGCUUAUGAGGUUUUAUUCACGUAUGGCAGUAACGAAGGGGUUGGGGAGGGAUGAUUGGUUGAUGCUCGUCGGCAUGCUGUUUUCGAUCGGGAUGGGCGUUUGUCAGAUAAUGCAGGUUCAAUGGGGCUCUGGGAAACAUGUUCAAUUUCUGUCGCCGUACCAACUGCAGAAGCAGAGAUUUUACCUAUACUGGAGCAUAGCUCUUUAUGGUGUCGCUAUUACAUUCACGAAGCUCAGUAUUCUUCUCUUGUAUCGACGCAUUUUCCACGCCUCGAAGAGCCUUAUGUGGGUCGUGUGGAUUCUUGGUUCGUUCGUCCUGUGCUUUGGACUCUCGAUUGUGUUUUCUGGACUUUUCACAUGCACGCCGGCGAAUGGGUUCUGGAAUUUAAGCGUGAAGGCAAAAUGCGUCAAUAUGUUUGCGCUCUUUGAAGCCAAUGCUGCCAUCAACAUUGGUACAGACUUCGUCAUCACUGUAUUACCUCUGCCUAGCAUAUGGCGACUUGGUCUCCCAAUCCACCAGAAGAUCGGUGUGAGUUUCAUUUUCGCCAUCGGGUGGUUGUGAGUUGUCCUGUCCCUUGAGGCACUGUUCCAGUCUGACCAAAGUGAUAGCGUUUGUGCAGUAUCAGUCUUACGCCUGUACUCACUCAUCCGAUUCGCACACAACUUCACCGACGCAUCUUAUUACGGCUCCAUGACAGCCUGGUGGUCCUGUAUUGAAGUCAACACUGCAA